AGGACUUCAGUUUACGCAGCGCUUUGACAGCUUUUGUCUCUCGUAAGCCUCCUGUCCCCGGGGUGAGGCUGGCGGAAUGGGUCAGCGGUCAACUGUUUACUCGGCCCACAUUCCGAGGAGGAAAAUGGGCCCCCGCGCGGGAGUGCGACUCGCUCCAGAGACAGUUAACUCAGCGACACCCGGGGGCCCCGACACCCCCAGUUCGGCCUCCUCGGGCCCCUCUGCACGCACGCGCAGUCGCAGAGCUCUUCCUGCGAAGAAGCUGCGGAUACUCAGCGGCGGCUGCGUCAGCGCGUGUGGCCGCGAGAGGGCCUCGAACGGCCUCACGUCACUGUGUGCGACGGCGCCUGCGCCGGAGAGCAUGCUGCCAGCCGCGCGGCGAGGUCUGGGCCUCGUACGGCCGCGGCUCCUUCGGGGGUGGCCUGGGCUCACGACCUUCUCCUUCCUGCGCGGCCUUGGGCCAGAGCCGUUGGAGACAGCCCGGUCACUGUGUUGCGAAUCCUCCCCUAGAGACGCACGGGAUGGAGAGGGACGGCGCGAAGCGGCACGGAGGAACGCCCCCGGCACAGAGUCGCCCCCGUCUCUCCCUCCGCGCGUCCGAGGCACUGGGACCAGACGUCUUUCGUCGCUGGAAAGCCUCAGACUGCCGACGCCACGAGAGGAGUCACCCCCUCAAGAGCGCGAGGACUCGAGCGGAGACCAGGGCCAGCCCGGUCCCGCCCACCGGGGAGCCGGGGGUCCCUUGCCGCCCUCCCUGGCCCAGUCCGGGACCGAGGUAGAAGAGCUUCAUGGCUCCUCUUCCCGGUCGACUUACAGAGAGGGGCCCUUUCGCGCUGGGGAGCUGAUCUUAGCCGAGACGGGGAAGAGAGAGACACAAUUUAAAAAAUUAUUUAGGUUGAGUAACGCCGGACACUUAAAUAGUAGCUGGGGGACAGUCCCGUUCAGCGAGAUCGUGGGGAAGUUUCCCGGCCAGAUACUGAGGAGUUCCUCUGGGAAGCACUUCAUGCUGAGGAGGCCGGCGUUGGAAGACUAUGUAUUACUGAUGAAAAGAGGGCCUGCCAUAACAUAUCCGAAGGAUAUGAAUAUGAUACUGUCGAUGAUGGAUAUCCACCCAGGUGAUACUGUUUUGGAAGCUGGCUCAGGCUCUGGUGGAAUGAGCUUAUUUUUAUCCAAGGCAGUGACAGUGGCCUUCUCAGAUUCACCAAGUAUCCUACAGCCUCAGAACAUUUGUAUUUGCUGUUCUUUCCAUCUGGAGCAUACUUACCCCCUAAAUUUCCACAGGGUUGCUUUGGAUAUGUUGAAUCCUCAAGUUGCUUUGCCUGUUUUAUACCCAAAUCUUAAACAGGGUGGUAUAUGUGCUGUAUAUCUAGCAAACAUCACACAGGUUAUUGAACUUUUAGAUGGAAUUCGCAUCUGUGAACUUGCUCUCACAUGUGAAAAGAUAAGUGAAGUUAUUGUCAGAGAUUGGUUGGUUUGCCUUGCAAAACAGAAAAAUGGAACUUUACCUCAAAAAGUAGAACCUAAAAUCAAUACAGAUUUACAAUUACAUUCUCAAAAGAAAGUUAGCAUUGAAGAUGAGAUGUUUCAAGAGGAUGACCAUGAAGAAUCACAUUCGGAUUUUCCAUAUGGAUCAUUUCCCUAUAUUGCUAGACCUAUACACUGGCAAACUGGUCAUACAGCAUUUCUUGUCAAGCUGAGGAAGUUUAAACCACAACUUAACUGAGUACCUCAGAGGGUAGCAACUGAUGUGAAGAAGGAAAGGUAUCAAAAUAGAACUUUAUAUUGCAAAACACUACUUUCAUAGAUUGAAAUUUUUUGCUAUAGGAUUUGUAUAACUUUUACAUAUAAUUUCAAAAAAUAACAAAAGCUGAAGGAAGAUGUGUAACAUUUCAAAACAAUUUAAAUGUCCCAUUUUGACACUUGUCUUGUAGUUUGACAUUUUGUAGUUAAUGAUUCCAAGUUGGUUUAGUUGAGCCAUUUCAUUCUUCACUUCCUGUAAACCACUCCAUAGAUUUGUCUUUCUUCAUAAAAUUAGUUUUCUUUUCUUUGUCUGAUUGAUGGUCGUUGGCUACCAAAAUAAAAUAUGCAUUUUAAGAUAAAUUUUAAUGUAUUUGUGUAUUUUAAGUACAUAUUUUAAUGGCUUGUCUGUAUCUUAGAAAGUAGUGAAAUCUGGGUUAUAGUAAAUAAUAGGAAAACUGAUAAGAAUCAUAUAACCAUCUUAAAAACUGUAAUAGAAGAUGUAACAAUUGACUCUUUUAUCAGAAUCAUUUUAACUUGUUUGAAAGAACAUCAGAAUUAAUUAGGGGUUUAUUAUUCAUAGGCAUCAGUUAGCAUUUACCAGGUACCCUACAUUGUUUUAAACUUUAUAUAAUGUUUUUUCAUUUAAUAGAGGUAGCUUAUCUUUAAGGUUAUCUAUAUUCUACAGAUAAACAAAAACGUAGAGUGGCUAGGUUAUUGUUUAGAUAUGGGUUUUUAUAGUUUUUAUGUUUGUUUAUUUUUUGAGAGAGCAUGAGUUGGGGAGGGGCAGAGAGAGAAGGAGACACAGAAUCCGAAGCGGAUUCCAGGCUCUGAGCUGUCAGCACAGAGCCUGAUGCGGGCUCAAACUCACAAACUGUGAGAUCACGACCUGAGCCGAAGUUGGACGCUUAACCAAUUGAGCUACCCAGGCGCCCCAAUGUUUUAUAGUUUUUAAAGGGUAGUACCUGGGAGGAUAAAUGCUGCUAUUCCUAGAUUUAUCCCUUAGGCUAUUUAAAAUAAUAAAUAUUCUAAAUAACAUUUUACAUAUUUUUCAUUUUUUGGAAAAUUUUAGCAUCUCUGCUUUUUUAGACCAUAAAGUUUAACUAGGCAUUAAAUAAUCACACAAAUAGAAAAUUGCUAUAUGCUCCAAAGAAGUACAGAGUACUAUAAUAGAGGUUUUGCUCUGGCCAAGUAAUUACCUAUGCAAGUGACAAGUGAGCUGAGACCUGAAUGGUAAGUACAAGUUAACUAUAGCAGGGAAAAUGAGAACAAAAAAGGCCAGUGAUGCUGGGGUUGAGUGAAAGAGACCCAAAAAAUAAGUAGGGGUCAGGUCAUGAAGGAUCUUCUAGACCUCUUAAGCUUGUCUAUCAAAUAGGGUCUCAUUGAAGGAUUUAGUGAAGUGAGGGGUAACAUGCUUAGAUCUGUGUUUUGGAAAAAAAUCACUCUCGUUGUAUUUGGGGAACAGACUGAAUCAUAUAAGCAGAUUAGUCUUCUGAUGUCAUAUUUCUUUAUGGUAACUAUCUAAACACUCAUACAGUAAUAAUGGCUUUAUAGUUUUCAUAACACUUCAGAUACAUAGAAGCUCUGAAGUAUUUUUUUUUUUUUUGGAAGUUUAUUUAUUACUGAGAGACAGAGAGAGACACAGUGUGAGCAGGGGAGGGGCAGAGAGAGAGGGAGACAUAGAAUCUGAAGCAGGUCCCAGGCUCUGAGCUGGCAGCACAGAGCCCAACAUGGGGCUUGAACUCACAAACCGCGAGAUCAUGACCUGAGCCGAAGUCACUUAACUGACUGAACCACCCAGGCACCCCUGAAGUACAGUUUUAAGUUCUAUCAUGGAACAUGCCUUUUUCUUCUGUCCUGUGUUUAACCAGUAGUGAAAUUCUUCAUGUAUUAUUUUAAAUGCAAGUUCUAAUUGUACUACAUGGAGAAGGGGCUGGCUUAAGAGCAAAGAAAAGUUGUGCCUCUACUCCUAUUUCACGUAGAAUAAUUAGUUUCUGUUCAGUACACUGCGCUCAUUUCAACUAUUGACGUUGAAUUGAACAAGAUGUCUUUAACGGUGUCCAUUCUAAUAAAUAUUAAGAUGAACUGAAAACCAAACUACAUAAGCAAAUAAGCAUUUAUUUAUAUGGUUAAAGUCCAGCUUAAGCCCUUUCUCCAUGUCUCCAUUGAACAUUAAGCAUGUUAACAAUCUUGCUUAUGGGACAGAUGUGUUCUUUUUUAUUUUUUUUAUAUUUAAAGUAAACUCUUUACCCAUUGUGGGGCUUGAACUCACAACUCCGAGAUCAAGAGUCGCAUGUUCCACUGACUGACCCAGCCACACGCACUGCCUACAGAUGUGUUCUUUUAAAGUUAACCUUUCUUAAAUUCGUGUCUGGCUGUCAUCUCUCAUACUGUAAACUCCUACAGAUUUGUGACUGAUUCCGUUGUCUUCCUAGUACCUUCCAGAGAUCCCACCUUUUCCACCCACUAAUGGUCAAUAAAAAUGUGCUGAUGGCUGUAAACCUA